AUGCCUACUGGAUGUAACAAUAAAACAUUUAUUAAUCAUACAUAUGCUAAUUUUUUUGAAUGUGACGCUGAAAUAAAUGCUAUACUUAAUAAAAACUCUAUAAAUUUACAAAACUGUACCAUAUUUGUAUCUCUCUAUCCAUGUAGUGAAACCGCCAAAAUAAUUAUUCAAUCGGGUAUCAAAGAAGUAGUGUAUUUGCCAGAUCCAAAAUCAUACAAAGAACCAGCCACUAAAAAGAUGUUUGAUGCAUCGGGUGUUGAAAUCAGAGAACACACGCCAAAUGAGAAUAUUAAAAUUGAUUUUUUUCAUCAUGCCAAAUUAGAUAGGCCGGUAGCUGAUUUAAGUGGGGGUAAUCUUUUUAUGGCUAUAGCAUAUUUGACUUCUAAACGUAGUAAAGAUCCUGUAUGUCAAGUUGGUGCUUGUAUCGUUAACUCGGACAAUAAAAUUGUAGGCACAGGAUAUAAUGGAAUGCCUACCGGAUGUAACGAUGAUGAGUUUCCGUGGGGUAAGUCAUCGAAAUCAAACAAAUUUAUUUAUGUAUGCCACGCUGAAAUGAAUGCUGUGUUUUAUAAAAGCUCUAUGAUUAAUGUAAAAGAUUGUACCUUGUAUACAACUCGUUUUCCGUGCAUUGAAUGUGGAAAAAUUAUUAUUCAGUCGGGUAUCAAAGACGUAGUGUAUUUGAAGAAUCCGAAAAACGGUAAAGAGGAAGAUCGAGCCACUAAAGAAAUGUUUAAUGCAUCAGGUGUAAAAUUAUAUGAACACGAACAAAAUCUGGUUAUCACACUCGAUUUUGCCUAA